AUGGAGACGCUCGCUGCAGUCAGUCUCGCGGGCAACAUCGUCAACUUCCUAGACUUUGGCCUCAAAAUAGUCUCCAAAGGCCGAGAGAUAUACCAUGCCAUUGAUGGUGCAUUCUCAGAACACAACGACCUCGAGGUUGUGACAAGAGAUCUUCUGCUCCUUCAGACGCAGAUGGAACAGUCGUUGGUGACUACAUCUGCCGCCGCCGACCUAGGUGGUCAUGAUGUUGAUCUUGUCAAACUUCUCGAGUCGUCCAACAAGUUAGCAAGAAAUCUUCUAGAGUGCCUGAACAAGGCAAAAGCUCUUGGUCGCUUUCGUCGAUGGAAAAGCCUCAGACAAGCUGUCAAGAGUGUGUCGUCGAAGGGAGAAGUUGACGACAUGGCUAAUCGAUUGUCCAUGUAUCGUGCUCAAUUUCAAGGUCGUGUUUUAUCAUCCUUAAGUACGAGAAUCAACCAAGCUGCAGAUGAUCUCAAAGCGCAGAUUGCCUGUUCUCGGAACAUAAGAAAAAUGCUGGAAGACUUUGGCGUCAGCUUCAAAUCUGUGUCGGCCAAAAUUGACAACUUAUCGAGCAAAUUUGCUGGUGGCCGCGACCGCUGUAUCGAGAUCGAUACUCACAUGCCCCUGAACUUCGCUCUAGGCGGACCGGAGAGAACGCUGCGGUCCGUACUGUGCUCCAAAGGCGACAGAGACAUCGAGAAAACCAUUCUCAAGACUCUUGAAUACGAGCAAAUGGAAGUCCGGCGACAGUCUAUCCCAGAAGCGCACGCAAAAACUUUCAGAUGGAUUCUGGACGGCUUAGUUGACGAUCCUGAUGUAUGGAGUGGUAGGCUUCCUUUGAUCCGGGUGGACUUCUUCUUCUGGAGUCUUGGAACACCGCUCCAGAAAUCUCAAUCUGGCCUUUUAAUGUCGCUGCUACGGCAGCUUCUCGGAAAGCGUCCCGAUCUCAUACCCACAGUACUACCGGAGCUAUGGAGGCAUGUCUCGGAUAUGGACCAUAUAACCCACCACUCGUUGGAGACGAGCUCCGCUCUUAACCAGUAUCGGUGGACUUUCGCGGAUCUCAGCUCUACCUUUGAUGCUAUGAUGUGUCAUCUCAUGCGAGAUGGAAAGGUAGUGAUCUUCAUCGACGGCUUGGAUGAAUUUGAUGGCGAUCAUGGCGAGAUUACGGAAAUUUUCAAUCACUACGCGACACUUCACGAUUCCAACAUCAAGAUCUGUGUUUCCAGCAGGCCGUUGAUGCCAUUUGAAUACAGCUUCAAAGGAUGUAAACAUCUGCGGCUUCAAGACCUCACUGCAAGGGAUAUCCGCACAUAUAUCACGGAUAAGCUAAAUUGCCACAGACACUUUGAAGCUCUUGCAACGACCUCGCCGAAUCAGGCAUAUUCGUUUAUUGGAGAGGUUGCCGCCAAGUCCUCAGGGGUCUUUCUGUGGGUCUAUCUCAUCGUGAAGUCCCUGCUGACAGGCCUCACGAAUCAUGACUCCAUCGACGACCUGGCGAGGAGAUUAGAGGCUCUUCCUCCAGAGCUUGACGCUCUUUACAGAGCGAUGCUACGAAGCAUAAAUCCGCCCUUUUACAGAGGUCAAGCUUCUCAAUUAUUGCAAAUUGCGUAUCAGCAUAAAGACAUGAUGUCAAGUCUUGCACUCUCCUAUGCCGAUGACCCAGACAGCGCCUUUGCACUCAAAUUGCCUAUUGGGCCGCUGAGUCUACAACAAGUCGAUACUCGGAUCGAAGCAAUUUCAUAUCGUGUGCAAAGUCGAUGUCAGGGCCUCCUGGAGGUCCAUAAAUUUAAGGCUUGCGAAAAAGCACCUGCAAAUCCAGACACACCUUUCCGGUGGGAUGAAGUCCGGUAUCUUCACCUGUCCCUCCGUGACUAUCUGGAGAAGCCGGACAUAUGGGGCGACCUCAUGGGCUGGACAGCUAGAACUGAGUUCGACGCCAACCUCGCAUGUGCGCGCAGCUUAUUAUUACGAGUCAAAACGUCGGCCUGUUACUACGGGUGGGGAUUUUACAUAUGGAAUUUGCUCGAUAGAGCUAUUCAAUUCACUUGCAAAGCAGAGCUGAGUACCGGCCACGCUCAUGUGGAUCUGGUGGAUGAGAUCCACAAAGUCGCAACGGACUUGUUACCACCUGGGAGGUCCCUUCCCUGGUUCACUGACGAUCGCGGGAUGCAUGCAGAAUUCUGCCAACAGACUUGCACUUGUUUGUCGAUCACAUUUGUACAAUACGCCAUUCUUCAAGGUCUUACACAUUAUGUAAGGCGGAAAUUUAGCGACAUUCAAUUUCUGCAAUCGGAUUCUGCAUCUUCGUUCCUUGAUAUUGCUACCGGGCUGAGCUUAAGUUUGGAAGACAAAACCGAAAAAGCCUACUCUCCCUCUUCCGAUGGGAGGAAGGGCACCCGCAAGCACAUAAGGAGGUUACUGGGUCUUAAUGGAAGUUGUGACAACCGGCCAGUACCCUCAAUGGUAAAGAUGCUACUCGAACUUGGACUCGACCCGAACGAGAAGAGAGGCGGCAGCACACCAUGGUUGAAUCUGUUGAAUCAUCUGGAAACGCUUAGAACACAGAAAUCACACCUCGACAGCGUGUGGAUCGACAUCUGCAAGCUGUACAUUCUUUUUGGGGCCGACCUGAACGGUAUUAGGAGAUGGGACAAGUUGCUCGGCGAGAGACUCCCGAUUGGUAGAAGGAUCAAAGAUCUCUUCUGUGAUACUUCAAGUCCCUCUGCAGAAGAGCUAUUCCUAUUGGUCGAUCGAGAAAGCCAGAGGGCCUCGAAGAAAAGAAAGAGGCCCUGUUCGCCAUCAGGGAUGCCCUUGGAAGAGCGGAUCACGAGGAUCCAUGAUCGCAACUCACUACCCGGCUCUCAAAAAAGGCAGAAAGCGAAUCGAGGAAGGAAGAGGUCGCGAAUAUGA